CGUUUCGACAAACUGGUUUGCCCGUACUUUUAUAUUGUAUCUCGCAUUGUAUUCUUUGAUUCGCUACGAUAUCGGCCCGUAAUUCUAGCAUUGCAGAAGUUCUUUCCUGGUUAUCCAGACGCUGACAAGAAGAGAGAGUUACAAUCUAUCUCGCUGUAAUUCUUAUCUACUGCCCAGAUUUUUAUCAUAAAAUGCAUAUCGAACACGUUGAGGAGUUCACAACCUGGCUAAUCACAGAAUUAACACCGAUCUGCGAUGCCGAACCAGGUGCGCUAGCAAAAUACGUUCUGGCUCUCUUGCGGAAACCGAACAAGUCUGAUGAAGAGAUGAAAGCGUUUAGCACAGAUCAAUUGGAGGUUUUCUUGCAAGGAAACACGAAAAAAUUUGUGGACAAGAUGUUCGCCGUGCUCCAGGACGGUUCUUAUGUGCCUAAGAGAGAGCCAUCACCUAUUCCUGAGGAAGCGGUUAAGGAAAGAGUUGCAAAACGUGAAGAUACAAAGAAGAAGGAAAGGGAACCAGUCGAAGCAAAGCCAAGCCGAGAAUCUGCAAGGAAUGGUGAUCACAACGAAGAUCGUCGCAAACCUCCUCUAGAAAAAGUUGAAAGAGCUCCAAAGAAGGAAGAUGUGCCCCCUCCCACAAGAAAUGAACGCCCUGCACGAAAGCGUAUCAGCCCUCCACCUGUGGAUACCACAAGGAGGGACAUUCGAGAAAACGUUCGAGACGUUCGAGAACCGUUACGAGACCCGCGGCGACGUUCUCGCUCGCGUUCGCCUCGCGAUCGACGUGGAAGGAUUGGAGCUCGUCGUUCGCCAAAUGAGCGUUUCCGAGGCGAGCGGAGGAGAAGCAGGUCUCGUAGUGAAGGUCGCAGCAGAUCUCCAGAGCGUCGUGACCGACGCUCACCUCGGUCCGAUGAACGCAGAAAAAGACGCUGCCGUGAUUAUGAAGAAAAAGGAUAUUGCAUGCGAGGAGACAUGUGUCUGUUCGAUCACGGCCCUGAUCCGGUUGUAGUCGAUGACUCUGCGCUUGAAAAAAUGGUGAAAAUUCCGGAUAAACCGUCAGCGCAUAAUUUCAGUAUCCCACCUCCUGGCUAUCAACCACCCAAUCCUCCACCACCUGGAGUGGAGCCGAUCUUUACGGCUCCACCUCCUGGACCGAGACCUGUUGAAGGAUACAAUCCUGAAGCACCGUCAUUGAGCGGCCCAGAUUUUUCUAUGCCACCACCUCCAAUUCCAGUUACGAUAAACGCUGGCCCAUGGCGUCCAAGCCCUUAUGCAGUGCCGACCACUGCCAAUGUUGUUGUACCUACGGUUGGUUACGAUCCAUCUGGUGGCAUCCCGGUUGAUCCGUCUUCUGCUGGUGCUAUUUCAAGACCACCAAUGAUGCGAGGUGGCAUGCGUGGACGAGGUCGCGGCGCUCAGGGAAGAGGCGGUUUCCCACAGGUGUCAAACAAUCGCGGUGAUGGGAAAACGUUGCAGGUGAAGAAGAUUCCGCCUGAGCUCAACAACAUAGCUAAACUGAAUGAGCAUUUUGCAGCGUUUGGAAGCAUCGUCAAUAUGCAGGUUCGAUUCAAUGGCGAAGCGGAUGCUGCACUUAUCACCUACGCAUCGCGUGGCGAAGCCAUGGCUGCUUAUAAGUCACCCCAACCUGUGUUGAACAAUCGCUUCAUCAAGGUGUUCUUCUAUAACCCUGAUAUCGUUGCUGGGGCAACAGCAGGACAGGAUCGCUCAGUGCUCAAUUCUGGUGUGAAUGUGGAUAAGCCAGGAUCUGAAAAUGCUCCUCCACCUGCUCAACCUCCCACGAAGGUUGCAACUAUCGAAAUGUCAAAGUUCGUGAAUCAAGAGUUGAAGGAAAGCCGUGAGAAAAUUAUGGAAGCUCGUCGUAAGCUGAAAGUUGAAAAAUCAAAUCAAAUUUCGAUCUUCAACGUACAUAAGAGGCAGACCGACUUGCUACAGAAGUUGAUGGAUCGCCAAAAAAUAAUCGUUAAGAAGUUGAAAGCAGAAGGAGAAAAUAUGGAAUCCACAGAAAAGAAAAAACUUCUCACUCUUGUCAAACAGCUCAUGGAAAAGAUUACAGUAGGCAAGAAAGAGAUAGAUGAGCUGUCUGCUAAAUUAAAAGCAUGCAUGGAAAACAUUACCGAAUUAGAGAAAGUGAUCUCAACCGAGAAGGAGAUUAGAAAAGGCUCGGAUAGUGAUGGCCGAGAUAGUGCUAGUCCUUCCUCUCCUACCCAGGAGGGACAAGUCAACGUGAUUUCAACUCAGAAUUUACUUAAAAGAAAAGCUGAUGAUGGAUACGGUAAUGAUGCAAAGCGUGGUUCGGCUAUUAUCUCAGUCAAAGGAGUGAAGACUGAUGAGACCGACGCGCUUGUGGAGCACAUGGGCCGUUAUGGGGAUGUGUUGAACGUUGAAAUAACCAAAGAUGAUGAGCCCAUGGUUCUGCUCACGUUCCGAAGUCGUGAAAAUGCUGAUCAAGCUGUUGUCGAUGGCGCCAUGUUCAAAGGUCGGAUGUUGGAUGUGACCUGGCUUCGACACACCAGCAGCAACGAAGAGAACUCGCCACUGAGCGCAGAUAAAGUGCUGGCCGGCAUUCCACAGAGUGAGUCAGAUGAUGAGUCGUGAUUCUGUCGGUUGCAAGUGCUCGUUUCACCUAUUCUACGAGGUAUUCUACUAUGGGAGGUUAUAGUGUGCGAUAUAUAUGGCGUCAUCAACGAUUCCCGUCUUCCCGGAACGAUAUAUCUGAUCCUCAUUUAAAUUUCGUUUGCGGUUGUAGGUUGUGAUCCCGUUGUUUAUCAUGUCUUUGUCAUACUUCAACUCAUAACUUGUCCUCUCCGCGUAGACUUUCUAGAUUAUAAUUCGUAUUCCACAAGUGUUUUAUAUUUCCUAUAGUUUCUGUCAGUUUUUAUGGUAAAAGAGAGCGAAAAUGCUCCAUCAGGUAAUAAAAUAUAUGUUCACAAGAAAGUGUUGGGCCAAGAAAAAAUGAAAGAAGAUAAAAAAAGAGAAAAAGAUUGAAGAGGCGUGAAAAGAGCCCAAGAUGGAAAUAGAAGAGAAGCACAUGGUUUUUAUUUCUCGUUUUUCUUUGUUACGUUGUAUAUAUUGUUAUAUCACGUUCUUGUUUUACGUUCUUUCCUCUCAACAUUUUCAGGUGCAUCGAUCGGGUAUAUGCAUAGCAAAAACGGUUACGUGAUGAUGCGGGUCGUGAUGUGAUGCGUGUGCUUCUCUCACUACUAAAGAGAC